AUGAAACGAUUCCGACUUGUUGAUAAUCCAAACAAGACGCAAGAUUCUCACAUUUCCAAUUCCUAUGAUAAACUCUCACAUUCUCAUAAAAGUCAACACUCACGUCCCUGUUCAUUAGAUGAGAAAAGAUAUUCAACCACUUCUUCUAGAUCUCUACGACCUACCAUUUCUUCGAAAGAAUGUCAAUCUAGUCGAUUUUUAUCGACACAAAGUCGAUCUUUGGAAACAUUAUCAUCAACAAGAAGUAGACCUUCAGAAACAUUAUCAUCAACAAGAAGUAGACCUUCAUCAACACAAAGUAGACCUUCUACAUCUUCUUCCACCAGAUAUCAAGAUUGUCCUUCCCCUCAACCAACAUCUCAUCAAGGUAUCCCAAAUGAAUACUCUCACCAUUCGAUCACGGAUAAUCAGACAUAUGAUACUUCUAUCAAUUCCAAACCAACGUAUCGAACCGGAAAGCAUAGGAACAUUUCAGGAAUAUCCGUUGCUCAUAAAUUGAACCGAUCCUAUGAACCCCUCGACAUUAUGGAGAAAAGAGGAUCUGUGAUGAGUUCCAGAAAAAGAGUAGAUCAAGUAGAUCCGAGGAAUUGUUCAAAGCGUAUGACACCCACCUCAAAUUCUUUGGAGAAAUGGUAUGAUCAAACAACUCCAUCAACUCGUUCUUCAACUUCUUCAACUCAUAUGACACCAUGUUCAUCUCGUUUAUCAUCUACGGUGAUGACGCCAUCCACAACUCAAUCUGGAUAUCGAUAUGAUCGUUCUUCUUCACGUCGAUCGAGUAGACCUGCUUCGAGUACUUCAGGAUUAUCUAGAUCGGGAGCUAUGAGAAAAUCCACAUCUUCUUUCUCUGGUUGUGCGGAUUCUUCUUUGGUCAUGUCUCGUAUGAUGUGUGAUCCUUCCUCUACCACUUGGGAUAAAUCCUCAUCCUCGAAAGUUAUCGUUCCUGUGGAUAAACGAGAUAGGGGAAUACAUGAUAGAUCUAUACAUCAUUCGACCCAAUCUCGAGAUCCAAGAUGGAUGGAGAAAGUUGUGGAAGGGUAUCAAAAAUUCAGUAAAGAGAAUAGGGAAGAUUUUGGAAUCUGUCAUGUGAGAGACACAAGGGAAAUGAGGGAAUCUGAGAAUGAGAGAAAUGGGCGAUGGGCUAGUCAUCAACGUCAAGCUGAGUCGGAUUUGGAAACUGGUGUCGAGACUAAUAAAGUGGGAUAUGACCUUCAAUGGGAACCAGAUACCGAUCCUGAUGCUGUCGGUUACGAUCCCGCGGUGGAAGUUUGGAAAAAGCUGGAAGGUUUGGUAGGUCGGAAACCCAGUGUCAGGGAGAGAGGUAGAUGGGUUGUUCGACCUAGUAGGAGUAUGAAACAGGAAGUGACAGAGUCACCUGAGAGUGGAUUUCACAGAGAGACAGAUGAAGAGAGUGUCGGGGUUGGUGAGCAGAGGGAUGACAUUUCAAGCAGUCGUGCUUCGAGUGCUUCUGGAAUGAAAGUGUUGUCCGCUGUUGAUGACCUACCAGUUGUGAGGAUGGUAUCCAGCCGGCGUACAGGUGGUCUGAUCCCAGGAGAGUCAGAGGAGGAGAGAAGAAGCGGGAGAAAAGUUGUUGGGGGAGAGAGUGUAGGUAUGAUUGAGAAGAAAGGUGAAAGGAUUGAGGAAGAUUCUUACAUCGAAUCCUUUUCCAUUUCCGACUAUUGCGAAAAUACCGACACCGAGGUUAUAUUCGACAUGACGGCACCUCUUGUUUCUUCUCUCUCAGCGGUCGCUUCCACCCCUGCUAAUACACCUUGUUUACACCGAGAAUCUCUUCAACGUGUGAAUAAAGUGAUGAAGCGUAGAGAUGAAAAGAUAAAAGAAGGGAUCAUUGAUGAGAUUUCUUUCGCUACUUCAAUUUCACCAUUAUCAGUCAUUCAAGCACAAAACACACCUCUUCCUCUCAUUCCUUCCGUCUUCUCUGCCGCUUCAUCACCUCUCACUUCCAUGACCCCUCCAAACGAUCGAGGCAUGUCAUCAACACGAUUGAAACAUAAUCCAGAGUGUCUUCAAGCACCGAUAACAGAGACCAAUGAAGGUGAAAUCGGAAAAAAGGUUUUGUCAGAGAAGAAGAGUCUACGUCGGAAAGCGUGGAAUAUGUUCAAACUUGAUUCUCCCAUCAUAAAAGCUCUUCGAAGGUUAGAUCAUGAUUCCACACCUGAUCUUGAUCAAGCUCUUCGUGCUGUCGAUAAUCGCAAAAUCAUCUCUUCUCGUUCUUCCGUUUCUCAAGGUGGUAGUGACAAACCACCAAACUUAGGAUUGGGAUUAGGGAUGAACAUGUCUUCUAAGUCGACUUAUUCGUUACCGGUGAUUGAACCUCGCUGGUUGAGGUUCUUGAAGGGUAAAGAGGAUGAAGAAUUGGUUCAGGUGACGGAUCUUGAUACGGGAGAAAAACAUGAGUUGGGGUUGAAAGAAUUGGAACAAAGGGGUUCGUUUAGGAGACGAUGA